AUGAUGCUAGAUGAAUUGGUUAACCUCGACGAAGAAAGAAUCUCGGCACUAGACGUUCUAACAAGGCAAAAGGAUCGCAUAGCUAAAGCAUACAAUAAAAAGGUUAAAGAUCGAUCUUUUGUCACAGGAGACUACGUGUGGAAAGUUAUCCUCCCAAUGGAUAAGAAGGAUAGGGCUUACGGGAAACGGACCCCCAAUUGGGAAGGGCCAUUUAAAGUCGAAAAAACGUUACCUAAUAAUGCUUACGUGAUUAAGGAAUUGAGCAGUCAGCGUCAGUGUGUUACGAUAAAUGGCAAGUAUCUAAAAGCAUACAACAAGCCAAUGUUGCAUGAAAUCAAAAUUGAACAAAAGACAAAUGUCGAGAUUGCCAAAUCGAAUUAA